AUGCCAUCUGUAAAUGGUGUAAAUGGCGAGGUGGACUCAUCAUUUGCGCAAAUCGCAAAUGCUGAUAUCGACUCACUUCUCAAAAAGCUCACACAGGAUGAGAAAAUCGCACUUUUAACAGGCGAAGAUUUCUGGCAUACCGUCCCCAUACCCAGGUUGGGUAUCCCUUCGAUUCGAGUGUCCGAUGGUCCCAACGGAGUGCGAGGAACGCGAUUUUUCAGCAGUGUACCCGCAGCAUGCUUGCCAUGCGGUACCGCGAUUGGAGCAACUUUCGACCGAGACCUAGCGGUUGAGGUCGGCCACAUCCUCGCAGCGGAAGCCAAAGCCAAAGGCGCACAUGUGAUUCUCGGUCCAACAAUCAACAUCGCGCGAGGUCCUCUGGGGGGAAGAGGGUUUGAGUCAUACUCCGAAGACCCAGUACUCUCUGGCAUCCUCGCUGGUCACUACUGCAAAGGGCUCAAGGAAAGAAACAUCAGUGCAACCCUCAAGCAUUUUGUUUGCAAUGACCAGGAGCACGAGCGCAUGGCUGUCAGCUCAAUUGUCACUGAUCGGGCGAUGAGGGAGAUCUAUCUGCUUCCUUUCCAGAUUGCCAUCUCCCUCGGGAGCCCGGAUGCCAUAAUGACGGCGUACAACAAGGUGAAUGGUCUGCACGCAGCUGAGCACAACACAUUGUUGCAAGAUGUUCUGCGUGGUGAGUGGGGUUGGGAUGGGCUGGUGAUGAGCGAUUGGUUUGGAACGUAUAGCACCUCCGAAGCUGUGAUCGCAGGCUUGGAUUUGGAAAUGCCCGGCCCACCCAGAUGGCGCGGAGCUGCAUUAGCCCAUGCACUCACAUCGAAUAAGAUUCCUCUUGUGGCAUUUAAUGAUCGAGUUCGGGCGGUUCUCAAACUCGUUCAAAAAGCAAGCAAGUCUGGGGUCCCCGAACGGGCUCCGGAAACCCAGCUGAAUCGAUCUCAAGACCAAGCUCUUCUGAGGAAGAUCGCGUCGGAGGCGAUUGUGCUCUUGAAGAACGAUGAUGAUAUUCUUCCGUUGAACAAGAACAAAAAAAUCGCUAUCAUUGGACCUAACGCCAAGAUUUCCACCUACUGUGGAGGUGGUAGUGCGGCACUGAAUCCAUACUACGCCGUGACGCCGUUUGAUGGUAUCUCAGCAUCAGCGCAGGGUGAUGUCCAGUUCGCGCAGGGUGUUUAUGGCCACCAGAUGCUCCCAUUACUUGGAAACAAGCUUUGCACUGAGAAUGGCCUUCUUGGGUUCUCAUUGGAUAUUUUCAAUGAACCUCCAACUGUGGCAAACAGAACGCCUAUUGACGAACGGCACGAAACCGAUUCAAUGAUUAUUUUCAUGGACUACAACCACCCAGACCUGCAAAGCGUAUGGUAUGCAGAUGCAGAGGGAUACUUUAUUCCCGAAGAAUCUGGCAUCUACGAUUUCGGCCUCACUGUUCGAGGCACGGCGAAGAUGUACGUUGACGGGGAGCUCCUUAUCAACAAUGCCGAUGUGCAAAGACCAGGGAGGAGCUUUUUCGGCAGUGGCACCGUGGAAGAAACGGCGUCAUUAGAGCUCGAGGCUGGCAAAAGAUAUAAAGUUCUCAUACAGUGGGGAUGCAGCGCGACCGCGAAGCAUAAGAACCCGGGCGUUGUCGAGUUUGGAAACGGUGGUUUCCGAUUCGGAGCGUGCAAGCGCCUGUCUCUCGAAGAUGGAAUUUCAGAAGCCGUCAAGGUGGCCUCCGAAGUUGAUCAGGUAGUUCUCAUUGCAGGACUGAGUGCUGAAUGGGAGGCAGAAGGCGAAGAUCGCUCACACAUGAACCUGCCACCCCAUUCGGAUGAUUUGAUCUCAAGGGUCCUGGAUUCCAAUCCUAACACUGUUGUUGUGAUCCAGAGUGGCACACCUGUGGAAAUGCCCUGGGUUUCCAAAGCGAAAUCCAUUCUUCAUGCGUGGUAUGGCGGAAACGAGACAGGAAACGCCAUUGCUGAUGUCGUCUUUGGAGAUGUCAAUCCGUCCGGCAAACUUCCUCUCACGUUCCCCCGUCGUCUUAAAGACAACCCCACAUUCUUCAACUACCGAUCCGAAGGUGGUCGAGUUUUAUAUGGAGAAGACGUCUAUGUUGGAUACCGAUACUAUGAUGCGCUGGAAAUGGACACACUCUUUCCCUUUGGUCACGGGCUCUCAUACACUACAUUUGAGGUCUCAGAUCUCGAGUUAGUCAUGAAGUCAGAAGGCUCGUCGCAGCUCAAGUGCAAGGUGCGGAACACAGGAUCAAGAUCCGGUGCCGAGGUACUCCAAGUGUAUCUAGCUCCGAUCUCGCCUCCUAUCAAGCGGCCUGUAAAGGAGCUCAAAGAGUUCCAUAAAUGUUUCCUCGAGGCAUCAUCGGAGGAGACUGUCAUGAUACCCUUGGAUUUGAUUCGUGCAACAAGCUACUGGGACGAGAAGAGUGGCAGCUGGUGCAGCCACAGCGGUGCCUAUAAAAUCAUGGUCGGAACGAGCAGCCACGGAGACUUUUUGGAACACUCCUUUGAGCUUGCUGAAACAGUAUUUUGGUCUGGGGUCUAG